CCCCCGCCCCGCUGCCGGCCCUACAAAGGCGGCGGUCCCCGGCCCUUUCUUCCUCCUCCUCCUCUUCCUCUUCCCCCGGUCCCUGUCCCGCUGCCGCCAUGGCCCCGCUCCGGGCGCUCCGGUUCUGCGCCGCCCUGGCCCUGGCGCUGCUCCCCGCGGCCGCGCGGGGCGAGGAGGAGGCGGCGGGAGAUUGCCACCAGUACACGAACAGGAGCUGUGAAGAGUGCCUGAAGAACGUCACGUGCCUGUGGUGUGUCAGCAGCAAGCGGUGCAUGCCAUACCCUGUGCGGCGGAUCCUGCCACCGGCCGACCUGUGCGAGCUCCGCUCUGCGCGCUGGGGAGUCUGCUGGGUGAACUUUGAAGCCCUGAUCAUUGCAAUGUCUGUGGUGGGAGGAAUGAUCCUUAUCAUGCUGGGUGUCUGCUGCUGCUGCUGUUGCAAGAAAAAGAGCAAAAAGCCGGACAAGGAGGACGAGCGAGCAGCCCGGGAGCGGGAGCGGAGGCGGGUGCGCCAGGAAGAGAGGAGAGCAGAGAUGAAGUCGCGGCACGAUGAAAUCCGAAGGAAAUACGGCCUGUUCAAAGAAGAGAACCCCUACGCCAAGUUUGACAACUAGCCCCCAGCCUGCAGCACAGCCAGGAGUGGGGUGCAGAGAAGCCCAAGCAGCCUGACCCUGAGCUGUUACAGAGCGGCCGUGCCACGCGUGAGCACUGCCUUUUGGGGUUGGUGCGCACAGACGAUGUACAGUCCUCAGCUCUUAAAGCUCCGUGACUGGGUCAUGUGAAUGGAAAUGUAAGGUCUCCAGAGGCAGUCGUUUGAAUCUUCCCAGGUGGGUUUGUGGUGGGCUGGUUAUACCCAGUAAGCCUGUAGAAAUUGGUAGCCAGGCUUCCGUUCUGUUUCUGUUAAAUGAUAGACAGCUCCUUGUCCUUUGGGAAAUUGGAAGAAAAGUGUUCGAAAAGUCUGUUCCAUUAUCCUUGCAGUUUUGAGUUAUACGCAGAGGGAACAAGAGACAUCACAGAGCUACUGUUGCUUAAAAUAAUGUUCAUGGAUGCUUUGGCAAAGAUAACUUCAAAGGAGCAAUUAAUUGAAAAUCUUGCUUUACCGUUUAGUGACAAAGUGGGAGAUGUGGACGUCUUACUGGAAUCAGCCUUUUCUGCCUUGUUUAUGCUGCUGACAUCCAACUGUUUUAAAAGAGAUGCCACAAAAAAACAUGAAACUAACUAACUUACUUACUAACUUCUCCUGAUGUGUUCCUAACUUGCAGGGAGAAGUGCUGAUUCAGCACAUGCUGUUUUCAUCUCUUCCAGCUAUGGUUAGACCAGCUCCAGCCCUCAGCCCGGGGCUGCAGGAGGGGGUGUAAAUACAAUAAGCCUUCCAAAGUGCUUACAUGUCCCAGGCUUGUACAGACAUUAGCUGGUUGAGUGAAAGGAACUGGAAACUAGCACAACUGCUUCCAGUGGUCACUCACUUGUUUUUUCCUGGCAGUGGCAUGGGUUCGGUCACCAGAGCAGCAGAAGCACCGAAAGUACCAGGGUGAAGCUGUAAUUCAUUGGGAUGCCGUAGGAUUCUACCAAGUUUCUAAAGCAGCAUUUCAAACUCCCAUUUUCUCUGUGCUGCCUGAUCAACUUUGCUUUGUCCUAAUGAUCAAGUCAGUGGAGUCCAGUGUCUAAAAGGAGGACUUGUAUGAGGUGGACGCGUUGCUUAGGUUAAAACUGGGAGGGGAAGAUGCCCACGUCCUGAGCUGAGGUUACUUUUCCUCCGUGAGCUUUCAUGCAGCUGAGCUUUAAGCAAAAAGUGCAAAAAAGCGGCGCAAAUCCAUGUGGUUGCAGCUGGGUAAUGCUCAAAUAAGAGUAAUUAUUUCCUUUGUACCUUACCGCUUUUGUCUCCCUGCUGCAGCAGAGCAUGUUGGCUUAACUUUUUUUUUACAGUCAUGGUCCAGCGGAGGACUCCAGCACACAUUCAGUGCUGUAAGGCUGUUACCCUUUGUUUUAAGACUGGUUACUGACCUGGAGCUGUGUGUGCCUCAGUACUUGGCUUGUUCCGCCAGGCUGCAGCUCUUAUUUUUUUCAAAGGAGCCUCUCAUUGGUUAUUAAGUGAUCUGAGCGCUCCCAGAGAGCUUCUCCUGGUGAAGACGACCCAAGUUUGUAAACUCGUUUAAGGAAGUUUUUGCUAGAUUUUUGUCUUCCAACUUUUGUGUCAUCUUGCCUUUGUAAAGGGAAGUUUUAGCUUCAGUCAUAUGAAGGCAAAGUCCAAAUACUGAUCUGUGCUAAAGAGCUGGAGAGGCUAAGUGUUUCCUCCAAGUAACAAUCAAUCCUCUGUACUU